AUGGCUAAUAGAAUGGGGCACCUCGUCUUGGCCAGCGUGCCCUACGUCCUCUCGCUGGUCACCGUCAUUAUCAUCAUUCUGAUCCUCGUUGCCGGCGACAAGCCCGGGACUCUGGAAGACCUCGCAUUACUCAAGGUUCACAUCGGGUCCCUCAACCUACCGUCCAAGCUCUCCUCGUCCACGUUCCUUCAGGACCUGCAAAAGAUCUCGGGCGCCGACCUCACCGGCAGUUCCGCCGCCACGGCGCAGUCCCUUGGUCUCGCGCCCCUCUAUUCGGUAUACAUCUAUACGACCUGCGCCUACUUCAUCGCCGAGACAAAGUGUACUUCCUUCAAGGUCGGCUCGUGGUUCGACGCGCCGGCGACGCUCAAACUCGACAGCGUGGCAGCUUCCGUUGGCAUCUCCGAUGGCUUCAGCCACACUUUCGACGCGUACAGGAAGGCGGCGUCCUUUAUGGGACUCGGAUUCAUCCUCGCCUUGGUAUUGGUGGCCCUUGCCGCGAUUUCAUCCGGCUUGGGCAAUAAUCGGUUCCGCGCCUCGGCCGUCUCGGCCGCGGCCCUGUCGUGGAUCGCGACGGCUUUCCUGUUGAGCGAUGCUAUCGUCACCCUCGUCACGGCUCGCAAGGUUGCAGGCGCCGUCACGUCCGAGCUGGGCAGCGUGGGCAUCACGGCGGAGUCGGGCAAGGUGGUCUACCUGCCUUUCUUCGCCUUCGCCCUGUCCCUGGUCACUUCCAUCAUGUACUCUCUGAGCAUUCGUCGCAGCAGCACGCACGCCAAAGGUUUCAGCCCGGCAGCUGCAGCCAAGAGACCGGCCUUUAUGCUCGGCAUCGCCCGCAGUCACGACGGCAAAGACGCAGCGGAAAUCACGGCGGGAGCGACCAACGGCCCCAUCACGUCGGCCAAGCCGGGGAUCCUGCAGCGAGUCGCGACGUGGUCGCGCCACCGCUACGUGCAAGUCGAAAGGCAGGCCGCCGUCGCUCGCGAGCCCGACAACGACGCCGUCAAGUUGGCGGGCCGCUCCAAUAAUGCUCUCCGCGGCCAGCGCGACUCUGACUACUAUGACAACCCGGCCGACGAGGGAGACAUUGCCAUGAUAUCAUAUGGUGGAAGGGCCGAGCCGGGUCACCCACACGCUGUUCCGAUGUAG